AAACAGUCUGCUAAAGAGUCAAGCUCAAGCAGUUCUGAUUCCAGUUCAGAAGAUGAAGAGCCUAAGAAAGGUACACCUAAAUCUGUCAGUAAAACAAAAACCCCAGUGUCUCAAAAUAAAAGUGCAAAAACUGUAACUCCUAAAUCACAAAACAAAAAAGACUCUAGCAGUAGUGACUCGGACUCUAGUUCAGAAUCAGAAAGUGAAAAAGCAAAUACAGUUAAUACCUCUAAGGUAAAUAAAUCACAAAAUGUUUCAAACAAAUCACAAAAUAAAUCGGACUCUAGUUCAGACAGUGAUUCCUCAGACUCAGAUAGUGAUAAGACUAAACCAGUGUCUAAAUCCCCAGGUUUAACACCAGUAGGAGGUAAAACAAAAGCAGGGAAACAGAACGGUCCUGUAACAUCGACGCCAUAUCCAAAAAUGAACGGGAAUGCAGCAGAGGGAUCAGAUGAUUCAGGUGUAAGCUCUGGUUCACAUGAAGUAACCUCUAAAAACAAAAACAACAGUCAGAACAACAGUAAAAAUCAGAGAAGACGAAGCAGUCCAUUUAGACGAGUGAAGGAGGACAAAAUUCUGGUAGAUGAACGCUUGAAGGACAACUCAUUUAAUGCAAAGAGUGGAGCACGAGGAUCCUGGGGUGAGAAAGCCAACAAAGACCUCAUUGUUACAAAGGGUAAAUCGUUCAGGCACGAGAAAACCAAGAAAAAACGUGGCAGUUAUAGAGGAGGGGCAAUUGAUACAAGCAAUGUACAUUCUAUAAAAUUUGACGAUUAG